AUGGAGGCAAAGGAGCGCGACCCGUCCGCGCACGCAGCGGAGUCCAUCCAUGCGGCAGCGGCCCGGGACGAGACGGGAUCGCAGGUGCCAGAGGCGGCGACCGCGGCUGAUGCCCGGGCCCCCGUGGCGGACGACGUAAAAGAGGAAGAGGAUGAUGGUCCCGCUGAAGAGGGCGACGAAGAGGACGAGGAGGACGAGGAGGAGGAAGAAGAAGACGAGGAGGAAGACGAGGAAGACGAUGAGGAUGAGGAGGACGGGCGGCGGUCGAAGAAGCCGCGCCGCAACCGCUUCCUUGAUGUCGAGGCCGAGGUCGACAGCGACGACGAGGACGUGGAAGACGAGGAGGCAGAGGAGCUGCUGCGCGAGGACGGGUUCAUUGCUGAUGACAUUCUCGACGAGUCCCGCGAAGCGCAGCUCCGCACGGCGGCCGACAACCAGCGGCUGGACCGCUUCCGGCGCCAGGAGGAGGAGAUGAGCGCCGAGGUGCUCGCCGAGGAGCUGCGGCAGCGCCACGCCCGCAGCUCGCGGUACGCGUCGCAGUCGGACUACGCGGAUGUGCCGCAGCGCCUGCUGAUGCCGAGUGUGGACGACCCGGGCCUCUGGCGCAUUCGCUGCAAGCGCGGCCGCGAAAAGCACCUGGUCGCCACGGUGCUGCGCCGCGCGCUCACACGCGAGGCCCAGGGGCGCCCGCUGCGCAUCUAUUCGGCCUUCUGCCGCGACUCGCUCGAUGGCCAGCUGUUUGUCGAGGCGCGGCGCGCAGACGAUGUGCUGGACGCGUUCGACGGCCUCGCGGGUGUGUACACGGGCCAGACGCGGCCGUUCCUUGUGCCGAUUCUCGAGAUGGCCGAUCUACUCAAGCUGCAGAAGAAGAGCACCGAGGUGCCGGUCGGCGGCUGGGUGCGUGUCAAGCGCGGCAAGUACGCAGGCGACCUGGCGCAGGUCCUCGACGUGACGGAGAAUGGCGAGGAGGUCGGUGUGAAGCUGGUGCCGCGCAUUGAUAUGGCGCCGGGCGAGCGCGAUACGUACACGGACCGUGCCGGCCGCAAGCGGAAGAAGCCGGUCAACGCCGCGCUCACGUCGCUCGGUUUCCGCCCGCCGCCACGCCUGUUCAAUGCGGAGGAGGUGCAGAAAGUGUACCCCCAUGAGUACCCUACAAAGCGGGGCGGCGUGUGGGUGUUUGGCGGCGAGACGUUCCGCGAUGGCUACCUCGAGAAGGACAUGAAGAUAAGUGCGCUGCAGAUCGACGACGUGCAUCCGAGCCUCGACGAGGUGCUGCAGUUCACCGGCGAGACGCCCGCGGAAGGCGCGGGCGUCGACCUGAACCUGCUGGCCGAUGCGUCGAAGCGCGGCAUCGAGGCGACGCUGCAGCCGGGCGACCACGUCGAGGUGUUUGAGGGCGAGCAGGCGGGCGUCGUAGGCGUGGUCGAGGCGAUGAGUGGGGAUGUCGUCACGCUCGACGUGCCGGACGGCGCGCUCGCCGGCCAGAAGAUCGAGGUGCCGGCGGCCUGUGUGCGGAAGCAGUUCCGCGCUGGUGACCACAUCAAGGUGCUCGCCGGGAAGCACGCCGACGAGACGGGUCUCGUUGUCAAAGUCGAGGACGGCGUCACCACGUUCCUGUCGGAUCUGUCGCUGAAGGAGGUCUCGGUCUUCUCCAAGGACAUUCGCGAGGCGGCCGAGGUCGGCUCGGGCGUGAACGUGAUUGGCGGCUACGAGCUGCACAACCUCGUGCAGCUCGACGCGCAGACGGUCGGUGUGAUCUUCAAGAUUGAGCGCGAGUCGUUCAAGGUGCUCGACCAGAACGGACACGUCGUCACCGUGCAGCCCCACCAGAUCUCCAUGCGCCGUGACACGGCGCGCGCCGUGGCCCUCGACCACAACGGCCACGAGGUGCACGUAGGCGAUAUGGUCAAGGAGGUCGAGUGGCCGCUGUCGCAGUUCCGGCAGGGCCAGGUGCUCCACAUUGUGCACUCGACGCUGCUGUUUGUGCACAACCGCGCGUACACGGAGCAUGGCGGCCUGUUCCUCGUGCGUGCCUCGUACGUCGAGCCACUCGCGCCGACGUCCGUGCGGCCCAAGACGGAUCUGAGCCAGAUGAACCCUGCACUGCGCGCGCUCGACGCGGAUGGCGGUGCGAAUGCGUCCGGCCCGCGGCGCGGGGGGCGCGACAUAUUCGCGGGCAAGUCGGUCGCGAUUGUGCGCGGCCCCUACAAGACGUACCGCGGCAUCAUCAAGGAGACGACGGGCGGCAUGGCGCGUGUCGAGCUGCACACCAUGUCGAAGAUCCUCACGGUGCCCCUGGACCACAUGGUCGAGAAGAAUCCUGUCACGGGCGAGAGCCGCCGCCUCGUGGGCCCUGGGCCGGCCGCGCCGAACCCGUACGCGAGCGCGCCGGUGGGCGGCAUGACGCCCGCGUACGGCGGUAUGGGCGGCAAGACCCCCGCGUACAUGGGCGGUGGCAUGACGCCGGCGUAUGGCGGCGGCUUCGGGCAGACGCCCAACCCGUACGCGAGUGCGACACCCAACCCGUACGGUGCGCGUACGCCCGCGUACGCUGCGUUUGGCCAGACGCCCAAUCCGUAUGCGAGUGCGACGCCGAAUCCGUACGGCGGCCGCACGCCGGCCUACCCGGUGGGCCAGACGCCCAACCCGUACGCAAGUGCGACGCCGAAUCCGUACGGCGGCCGCACGCCGGCCUACCCGGUGGGCCAGACGCCCAACCCGUACGCAAGUGCGACGCCGAAUCCGUACGCGAGCACGACGCCGAAUCCGUACGCGAGUACGACACCCAACCCGUACGGAGGCCGCACGCCUGCGCAUGUGAGUGCGACGCCCAACCCGUACGGAGCCGCGCCGUCGCACCCGAACCCGUGGGGCGCGCCACCUGCGCCGCCGGUGCCGCUGAUGGAGGGCAUGCGUGUGCGUGUGGGCCGCGACGCGCAGGGCACGUCGUACCAGCGGGGCGCAUACGAUGGCUCGACAGGGCGCGUGCUGGCGCGGAACCCUGCCGUGGCGAAGAUCGAGCUCGAGACAGGUGCGCAGCUCUCGGACGUGCCUGUGGCGUGCCUUGAGCCACUGCGGCCCAGUGCCGCAGGCGACCGCUGCAUUGUGACGGACGGCGCGAUGCGCGGCUCGCAGGUCACGAUCGAGCAGCUGCACGACGAGCUCGCCGAGUGCGACCUGGGCGAUGGCUCGCGCCAGCAGCUGCCGCUCGCCCUGCUUGCCCUAGCGUAG